AUGCCGACUGUGAAAUGCUCGCAAUGUGGCAACGAAGUCGAGAUAUCUCUGAUGGGGGAGCAUGUCUGCAAGGGCGCUGCGAUAUCAGACCAACCCGCGCCGGCAGCGGCACCAGAUCUGUUAACGGGCGCAUUUGCCUCACUGAAGCAGACCGUUUGGGGCUUCGGAAGCCGUGCACCACCACCAACGGUAGACACUUCGGCAGCAAAUCAAGCAUUCGCCAAACCUGAUGAAUUGACCCCAGUAAGUGCUUCGACUGGGUCUAGGACAAUUUCACCGAAGACACCCACUGGCCGCUUAGGGUCUGGGACGAAUGGCGACGAAUAUUUCUCCCCCGCCAUAGCAGGUACGACAUCGCCUGGACAGAAUGGACGAACUGGUAGUUACGGGGGGUUUGAAGAACCGCAACCGUAUGAGCCUGAACCGAUGUAUAACUACAGCUCAAGUCCGAAGAAGCAACCGGCUACCCUUUUACAACGCAUGAAUACUAUUGCGCCUGGCCCGUUUGAGAUCAACCGAAGGGCAGGGGCUAAGAAUGCUUUCGCGCCGAAAACAGACAAUGCGCCAACCUCAAAUUCGAUCGUGGAUGAUAUGGCUAGGAGUGGAUAUGGGAACGAGCGGUCAUCAUCAGCAGCUUCUUUCUCAUCAAGCCCUGGCAGCAUGCCACCGCCUCGAGUACCUCGUAAGAAUGGAUAUGGUGGGUUCGGGCCGCCACAACGCGAGCAGGAAGAGAGCUUUGAACCACGACCGUUCGGUACAAAUCAACGCUCAGAGACUUUCCCAAAGCAGAGCCAGAACAGAGUCGACAGUGUGCCUGCCCGACCUCCCUCGGCACCUGGUGUGCGACAAGAUCGGAUGCGGAGACCAACCAACGAGAGUACAGAGCGCCCAACGAUGACUAGGGACCGGGAACAGCGACCGUCGUUCGGCAUGCGUGACACUUCACGACCACCUCCACCACGUAAGAGCCUCAUACGGCCGCCUACAGCUACUCAGGAUGCUCCAUCAAUUAAUCUCGCGGAUGAAUUCGGAGUGGGCAACCCUUAUCAUACUCCUUCGGUAUCGCAAUCCUCGAGCAAUUCUGGCUACAGCAAUUCGGGCUACAGCACGUCACAGCUGAGCCAGCCAAGCUCAAAUUCGAGCCCAGCACGGUCAACAGGGUCUAGAAGGAAGCCAUCUGACACGUCCAACUUCGAUUCUCUGAUGAACGAUCUUCAGUCUUCAAUGGACUCUUUGAAGCCCAAGGAGGUACUCUCCGGGCGCCCAGAGCCGCCGGUACAAAAACGUGCACCAAGCAGCGAGCUCCGGGCACGCCCAGAUGACCUCAGGUACGAUCCGGCCGUGCAGAGUGGAAGUAGGCCUGGAAGUAGGCCUCGGCCAAGAUCCCCGCUCGCUUCGCCAGAUGCUAUGGAAAACUACUCUGACCGAGUAGACCCUGCAAUCCAGGGCGCGCGUAGCCGGGAUCCGCCGGCGCGGACGCACAACCGUCAGCAGUCCGCAGGACGGUCUCGUGGGAACUGCAAGGCUUGCAGACUCCCCAUUACAGGCAAAUCAAUAUCAUCAGCCGAUGGCCGUCUUACGGGCCGCUAUCAUAAGGCAUGCUUUGUCUGCACGACGUGCCAGAGCCCUUUUACCUCGUCCACGUUCUACGUCCUGGACGACCAGCCAUACGACGCCGAGUGCUACCAUCGUCUCAAUGGCAGCUGUUGCACAACCUGCGGUGUUGGAAUCGAAGGGCAGUACCUUGAAGACGACUCUGCACACAAACACCAUCCAAAAUGUUUCCGUUGUGGCGACUGUGGCAAGGUUCUCCAAGAUGGAUACUUUGAAGUUAAUGGAAGGGCUUACUGCGAACGCGACGCAUGGCGACGCGUACAGCAGCCGGUCAUGCCACCCAUGUCAUCUGGUCGUGGUGGACUGAGACCGCCAGCAAACGGUCGUCUCGGCCUUCCCAGCGGCAACCGACUGGGUCCUCCUGGCAUGAGGCCCCAGAUGCCCCGGAUGGAAAAGAGAAUGACGAGGCUAGGCAUGAUGUAA